UGACAGCAGCUUAUCAGGACCUAAUACAAAUUUUACUUCAUCCUAAAUUUGAAAAAGAACAUUUGACUACCAAUUUGCAAAGUCUUAAAAAGCAAUGUGAACAACUCUCUUUAAUGAAAAUUCAGAGUCAUGUAAUUCUAAUAAACACUAAAAACACACCAUUAACUACAAAAGACUCUAAGAGAAUUUAUUAUUUUUCUUUAAUUGAACAUCUUCAACAAAUAUUAAAAAAUCCUUUUUUCAGUUCUCAAUUAUAUUUUGGGCCAGGUAUUUUUUCAAAAUCAUGUGAAGAGCUAUGGAAAGGAGAUCUUUGGGCUGAAUCUCCACUUUUUGGUCAAUCAAAUUUAAUUACAACACAAG